AUGCUGGAGAAAUUCCCCGCGGACCGGCGCCGGUCCGCGGACCACAGGCUACUGGGUCUCGCUUGCUACAGCCACGAUGGCACUGGAGGCGAGAAUUCUCUAGUUGAUGGGUUGACAGUUAUCAAUCAAUUCAAGGCAAUCUGCCCCGACGGUUUUGACUUCUUUUCGAAGCACGCAAUCCCGAGCGAGUUCCGCGAGGAAAGGGAAAACCGACGUCAUCAUUUCCAUAGCACUGAUUACGUGCUCAAAAGUGAUCCGACAACAGGAGACUUUGUGCAGAUAAGAUACAACGUCUACGACAGGGCGCCGAUGUCGAACCUUCCCCCAGACAUGGCGGCUGAAUUUUACGCUCACUACCAGAAACUGGGAGAGAUAAUUGAAGAGCACGAGAAGGAUAAUUGGUUCAAAUUGGGCUCGGGUUCCCUCGUGCUUUUCGACAAUUUCCGUGUGCUGCACGCUCGGCAAGCUUUCACCGGUCGACGGGUCAUGGUGUCGGCCUAUGUGUCGCGCGGGGAAUUCCUCAGUGGCGCCCGGAGUCUCGGGGUGAUUCCCUAAUUUCAUUACGAUUUCAUUUCUGCUUAUCCGGAUUGCACUCCGUCUCGUGGCAUUUUCGAGAUCAUGAAACGAAUGAGCAGUAAACAAAUGGGCUGAAAUGUUCAGA